UUUCAUCCGCAAUAUAUAUAUUUGUAUUUAAUUGCAGUUUAUUAACUCAACAUCGACGUUUGUUAUAUGAUAAAAGCCAAAAAGGACUUUCUCCAUAACCAGAAAUAAAUAUUUUUAUAUUUUAUGCUUGAAAACUUGAGUUAUUUUCUCAAAAUUGCGGAAGGCUACAUUCUAUUUCCGGGUGUUCCUAGGCAUCAACAUGGACUUGAAAAAGUAUUUUGCUCUCGUUUUUGGUGUUUUUCUCUUAACUGUAUCAAUAGUAAUAUCUCAGGACGAUGCAGAUAAUGAAAAUGAAGAAGGUGAUGAAGAGAGUGAUGCAGCUGCAGAAGAAGAUGCUGGGAAGAUCAAGAAAGAUGGAGAUGUUCUUAUCCUCACAAAUGAAAACUUUGAUGAUGCCAUCGAGAACAAUCAAUUUGUCUUGGUGGAGUUCUAUGCACCUUGGUGUGGCCAUUGUAAGACAUUAGAACCUGAGUAUGCUGCAGCUGCUUCUAUACUGAAGACAAUGGGCCAGGAUGAGGAUACCCCUAAUGUUGUCCUUGCAAAGGUUGAUGCCACUGCUGAGCCUGAACUUGCACAAAGAUUUGAUGUAAGUGGCUAUCCUACACUAAAGUGGUUUAAAGAUGGACAGCCUAAUGACUAUGAAGGUCCUAGAGAGAAAAUGGGCAUUGUUCAAUAUAUGCAAGAGAAAACUGACCCCAACUACAAACCACCCCCAGAGUCCGUCCUUACCCUCACCAAAGACAACUUUGAUGAAACUGUCAACGAUGCUGAUCUCAUUUUGGUGGAGUUCUAUGCACCUUGGUGUGGACAUUGUAAGCAACUUGCUCCAGAAUAUGAGAAAGCAGCUAAGCGCCUUGAGACUGCAGACCCUCCUAUACCAUUAGCCAAGGUUGAUGCUACCACUGAACCAGAUCUGGCCAAGAGGUUUGAUGUAUCUGGGUACCCAACUCUGAAGCUUUUCCGUAAAGGGAAAGAUUAUGAAUAUAAAGGCCCUAGAGAGCAAUAUGGUAUAUAUGACUACAUGUUGAAACAGUCAGGUGAAGCUUCAAAGGAGCUGAAAUCCACAAAAGAGAUUAAAGGAAAUAUGGAAGUUACUGAUGUUACAAUUGUAGGAUUCUUCGAAAAUGCCGAUGAUAAACUCUAUUUGACCUAUCAAGAAGCAGCCAAUGACAUGAGAGAAGACUUCAGUUUUUACCACACAUUUGACGCUAGUGCCAGAGACGCAUAUAAAACAAACGCAGGGUCCAUUGUGGUAUUCCUCCCUGAAAGAUUCCAGAGCAAAUAUGAACAAAAGUGGGUCGCACUAUCCAAUGUGGAUUCUUCAACAGAGGAAGUGACCAAGUUCUUCAAGGAAAAUUCCAUCCCUCUUCUUGGUGAAAUGACCUCCAGUAAUAGAGCCAAGCGUUACAAUAACUUCCCUCUUUGUGUGUUUUAUUACACUGUGGAUUUCAGCUUCGAAUACAGAGAAGCUACUCAGAUCUGGCGCAAAAAAUUCCUGAGCAUCGCCAACAAAAACCGUGACAUCACAUUUGCAAUAGCCAGUGAGGAUGCCUUUGAGUCUGACCUGAAAGCGCUGCAACUGGAAGACUCCGGUGAAGAAUUGAACUUUGGAUGUUUUGGAGAAAACAACAAGAAAUACAGAAUGGAACCAAUGGAAGAUUACGACGCAGAUGAGAUACAGGAAUUCUUGGAUGAUUUCAAGAAAGGGAAAAUACCUCCAGUUGUGAAAUCGCAACCAGUUCCCAAGAAACAAGGACCAGUUGCCGUAGUUGUGGGCAAAAACUUUGAGAAAGUAGUACUUGAUGAGAAGAAAGAUGUCCUCAUUGAAUUCUAUGCCCCUUGGUGCGGACAUUGUAAAAGUCUCGAACCCAUUUACAAGAAGUUGGGCAAAAAAUUCCAGAAUGAAAAAGACUUAGUUAUUGCUAAGAUAGAUGCAACUGCUAAUGACUCCCCAGAGCCAUACAGCGCUACAGGGUUCCCUACUAUUUUCUUUGCACCUAAAGGGGAUAAGCAAAAUCCAAUAAAAUUCGAAGGGGAGAGAACACUAGAUGGUUUCGUGAAGUUCCUCAAAGAAAAAUCCACAGUUUUAUCAGACAGUGUUAAAGAUGAGCUAUAAUGCUAAUAAUUCCCUAGAUGAUACAAUAUGAGUUUGGUUGUAAUAUCUUUUUUUAAAGAUUCAUAUGAAAUUCAGAGAGCUUCAAUGUAGACUGAGGAAUUUGCUCAAGAGACAAUAUUUAAUCCUAUGGUAAAUCCUGUUCAUUUCACUGAAUCGAAAAUUUGCUAAAAUUAGCAAUUUGCAAUUUAUCUUUAGACAAAAUUGUGAACUCAUCAUAAGCAAAUUGUUGUGAAUUUUAUGAAUCAAAACUGAGUGUGAUUUUAACAUGUUUUGCAGGAUUUAAUUCUGAAAUACUGAAAAAUGUUAAAGGGUUGAAGAUAACAUUUUUUGUAAAGGUUACUUUCAAAAUUGCACUGCUUGGUUGCGGAGGGGAAAAUGUAAGAUAUUACAAGUCAAACUCAUUAAAUGCUCAUUGUAAAAACCAUCACAUAAAUAGAGGAGUUUUGGAUCCAAACCAAUAGUACAUUUACUGACAACAAGCAAUGGUAAGGAUCUGGUUUGAAUAGUGCCACAUACACUUGCUAUACCAGUGGUGAGAGAAAUACCAAACUGGCCUUGCUUCAAACCCCUGUUCCCUCUCAUGCUCUCCUCAUUUCUAUAUCCAUAUCUGGAGUUGAAGAAGAUGUAGAGGGGGGGGGGGGGUCAGGGACUCGAUGCAAGACUAAUACCAAACUCAUCUAAAUAGUUUUCUUGAUUGAGAAUUAG